AUGGCAAGAGGAAUGGGACUGACGGCCCUUAUUGUUGUUCUUGUCCUAGUUCAGCAAACUUGCAAUACUACUGCAGAGGAUCACUGUCCUCCUUCUUCCUGCGGCUCCAUCCUUAACAUAAGCUAUCCGUUUCGAUUAACGAGCGAUCCCAAAAACUGCGGCGAUCAAAGGUAUAAUCUUUCAUGUGAGAACAACAAAACACUAGUGUUACACUUAUAUGAUGGAAGAUAUUACGUACGACAAAUUAAUUACACCGACUACUCAAUCAGAGUUGUAGACCCAGGUAUUGGACUCAACGCUAAUGAGUACUACUCCUUCAUCCCUCGUUAUUCUCUAGAAUAUAAUAAUUUCAGUUCUGGGAAUCCAUAUCAAGCAUAUUAUCCUAUGGCAAUGUAUUUCGUGAAAUGUGAAAAGCGAGUGAAUUCUCGGUAUCAUAUAAACAUUUCUGCUUGCAUUGAGGAUGGAGUGAAUUUUAGUUCCAAGAGGUAUACGUAUGCUCUAUUCGGGUAUUAUCUUGCUGCAGUGAAGUUGGGGGACUUGUGCCAGGUAGAGCAAAUAUCUUUCACGUCCAGGCUAAAUCGUUAUUAUUAUGAUAAUGAUCGAGACUCAAGAAAUAUUUCCUGUACAAACUUCUACAGUGAAUUGCUACAGGGUUUUGACCUUUCCUGGUCCCGAGAUGGUGCGUAUAUAAAAGAAUGCAUGCAAAAAAAAGACUUUCAAUUUCUAAUUAAAUUUUGA